CUGCAGCAAAACGAGCUAAAUACGCAGGAGAAGUAAAAGUGCGUUCGAGAACGUGCGUCAGACACGUCGCAACAGAAAAAGUUCCGAACCCCGCUUAGAGCAGCCCCGAUGAAGAACGAAAAUUGUUGAUGAAGUGAGGAAAAUAGUUUCAACCGAACGACAACGCGUACAAGUAGUGCAACAGCAUAUUAGAUAGAACAAUUUACUCUAGUGCAUUGGUGAAAUCGUAAGCAAAGCAGGAUUCAAAUAGAUACAAACACAAACAAAAUGGAAGCACGACCGGUGCAGGUGGUGGAGACGGGCGAGGAUCACAGCUUCGUGCUGAGCGAGGAUGCGCUGACGGAAAUCCUGCUGCAGGACAACAUCAAGGAUCGCGCGAUCGUGGUCGUGUCGGUGGCCGGUGCGUUUCGGAAGGGCAAAAGUUUCCUGCUGGACUUCUUCCUGCGCUACAUGUACGCCAAGUACAUGAACCACACCAGCGUCAUCGAUUGGUUGGGCGACGAGAGUGAACCACUUUCGGGUUUUUCGUGGCGCGGUGGCAGCGAACGGGACACGACCGGUAUCCUGAUGUGGUCCGACAUUUUCCUUCACGACAGAGCCAACGGUGAAAAGCUGGCAAUUAUACUGAUGGACACACAGGGCGCCUUCGACAGCCAGAGCACGGUGCGGGAUUGUGCGACCGUGUUCGCCCUCAGCACCAUGCUGUCGUCCGUACAGAUCUACAACCUUUCGCAGAACAUCCAGGAGGACGAUCUACAACACUUGCAGCUGUUCACAGAAUACGGACGCCUGGCGCUGGCCGACUCGGGCAAAAAGCCGUUCCAGCGGUUGCAGUUUCUCGUGCGCGACUGGAGCUUCCCGUACGAGGCGGAAUACGGUGCGCUCGGCGGUCAGGUGAUCCUCCAGCGGAGGCUGGAAGUGUCGGACAAGCAGCACCCGGAGCUGCAAUCGCUUCGGCGCCACAUUACGUCCUGCUUCUCGGAGAUCGCCUGCUUCCUGAUGCCCCACCCGGGCCUGACGGUCGCCAUCAAUCCGAGCUUCGACGGGCGCCUGUCCGACAUUACGCCCGAGUUCAAGCAGAGCCUGCGCGAACUGGUACCGAUGCUCCUGGCCCCGGAGAACCUGAUCGUGAAGGAGAUCAACGGGCAGCGGGUGAAGGCGCGCGAUCUAGUACAAUACUUCAAGUCCUACAUGGCGAUCUACAAGGGCAACGAGCUGCCGGAGCCGAAGAGCAUGCUGGUGGCGACGGCCGAAGCGAACAACCUGACGGCGGUGGCGGCGGCGAAGGAAAUCUACACACAGCUCAUGGAGGACGUGUGCGGCGGCACCAAACCGUACCUCAGCACGGCCCAUCUCGACUCGGAACACAGCCGCAUCAAGGAGAAGGCACUACAUCAGUUCUCCUCGAAGCGAAAAAUGGGCGGUGAAGAGUUCUCGGAAAAGUACCGCGAAAAGCUGGAGCACGAUCUGGACGAAACGUUCGUCACGUUCCGGGCGCACAACGAGAGCAAAAACAUCUUCAAGGCCGCCCGGACGCCGGCCGUCUACUUUGCCAUUGCCAUCGUGAUGUACAUCCUGAGCGGCAUCUUCGGCCUGGUCGGGCUGUACACGUUUGCCAACUUUGCCAAUCUCAUCAUGGGUGUCGCCCUGCUGACCCUGGCCACCUGGGCUUACAUCAGGUAUAGCGGCGAACUGGGCGACUUUGGCGUGCGGUUAGACGAGAUCGCGAACCUGCUGUGGGAAAAUAUCAUGAAACCGGUCUACCAGUCUUGCAUGGAGAAGGGCAUUCAGCACGUGGCCACCCAUGCGACCGAGUACGCGAUCAGUGGCGCCGGUCCCGGAAGCCGCCCGCACCAGCAGAACGGUAAGGUGAAGCACUCUUGAGAGUACGCUUCUUUCUUCGCUUCCACUUCGCCGCCCGCCGCCUCGGUGGGCCGGCACCGUCCGGUUGGCGUUGGCGAAGUGCGAGCGGAUGGACGCUGGUUUCGACGCUCCGACGAUCGCUGGUACGGUUCGCCAUGGUGGGGAGCAAAAUGGUGGUGGUGGAGGUCGUCCUCCCUAUCGGGGGUGGAUCGUAAUGGAGUGGAGAAUACUGCUAACGGUAGUGUGGAGAAUAAUAACACCGAUGCCGGAUCGUCCGUGUACACCGUAGCAGCAAACGAAGGCGAACGCAAAAGCAAAGGAAUCACGGGAGGCCAUGGAUACAGUGCUACCACCUACAGUCACGCUACCGGUACAAUCCUGGAGAUGACCGAACCGUCGAGUAAUUAUCAUCAUCAGCAACAACAACAACCACACCACCACCACCACCACCACCACCACCAUCUCCGCCAGCAAGAACAACAAAUUAAGAACCACAACCACCACCACCAACUCCACCGACGGGAGGGCAAUAUUAGUAGCCGCAGCUUCGGCAGCGACAGCGACAACAGCAGUGAUAGUGGCAAUGGACCCGUCGCCGCCAACGACGGCACUAGAUUUAGUAAAUUUAUCACUAGCAUUAAGUACGCAUUCGGCAGCCACCACAACAACACCACCAAUGGCGGUCCGCGAACCGACGACCAGAACAUCGAACCAACCAGCAGCAGCAGCAGCAGCAACAGUAGCACACGGCCACUCGUGAUCAAAUUCGCCACCAACCGAUCGUCCACGGUAGCUGCAGAGGAUGAGAACACCGGGGAGGAUCGCGCCAUCAAACGAACGGGAGCACGACGGAACCGGAACUCGGCGAGCAGCUUGAUGAACGGAUUUAAAAUCCUCUAAACGCGUAACCUAUGAAGAAAUCAACGGCACGCUAUCCGCUUGAUUUCCCUGCCCUUUUGCCCCCCCUUCCUGCCCCCAAAGGUCCCCAAAAAUUGUUCACUUGGUGAAUGUCCUUUAACGGAUAGCAGCACUCUCGUUCUCACCUUUCUCCCGUGCGUUUUCUUUCCUCCGUUUGCAUCGGUGUUUUUUUUUUUUUUUUGGCGAGAGUUAAGCCAUCCUCACGCCUUCGUAAGAUGUAGUAUGCAUUUUGAGAUAUUGUACAUUGAGCCCAUGUUACUGUUGUUUGUUGAUUUACAUAGUUUAAAACGAUGAUGUUACGUUAAAUUCUUUGAACUUAGUUUAAAAGAAGUGUUGUGUUUCUUCAAUUAGAGCCCCAUCGGCGAGGAAAAAGUUCGCUGCCCCUCGACUUACGAACAGUCCACAGAUUUUCUAUAACUAUGCAAUUAAUAUGAUCAUUAUUACUAUGUUUGGUGAACGGGAAAGGAAUAGAUUAGUGCGUAAGCAAAAAAAAAAAACAGAAAAGUGUAUUUCGCUGUUUUGACAAGCGAUUGCUGUAGGGAUUGUUUUUUUUUUUUAUCAGGAUUAGGAACAAAAAUUGAGCUUCACGCUGUGUUAACUUCAAACGAAAAACAAUUGCAAUAGUGAGUUGGAUGAAACUUAAAUUAUGUGCCAAACCGCGUAACUGUCGCUGAAACACAACACGGACCGCCUUCAAUAAAGCGAGGAGAGAGACCAUAAGGAGAAGGGAUUUGCAGUAAGAAUGUGAGAACGAGUGUGCUUCAUUUGUCCCAUCCUUCCACUCCUAGGGACGCGUCUUUGGAAGGACAUUUCGUGCAAAGGUUUUACUUUUUUUAUUUGUUAUUAUGGUUUUCCCUGAUUGUAUCUUGCCAAAACAAACAAUAUAACGAGAGAGGGAGCUCGCAGGCCACCGAAACAAUCGUGCCCCGAAACACAUUAGCAUGACGAUUAGAUGAGAACGCGGCGACACGAGCAAAAAAAAAACGAAUUUCCAAACGCCAUCGCCAUUAUUUGCACAGGAUGUGUUUUUGAUUUUGAAUUAGGAAUAUAAUUAUGUGUUUUUUUUUCUCUCUGUCUUUUGUUCUGUUACAUGUAUGAUAGUUCGAUAGGGCAACUGCGAAGCAAAGCGUUUAAAUAGGAGUACACCUGUACAUACAUUAACAACUACUGCUGUGUCAUGUCGGACGACGUAAAACAAAAAAAAACACGAAACAAACAAACAAAACCAACACUUCUUGUACUGUUUAAAACACUGUUUAAGUUUUCUACUUUUAUUCGAGAGGUGCAAAUCGUGUGCAGCGCAGUGUUGGCUGCGCAAGUGCGUUUAAGUAAUGUGUGUGUGUGUGAAUAUUCCCCGUCCCUUGCCCCAUGAUGGUUUUCAAAGUACCCCUUUAUCCUCCUUUUCCUUCGAGCGUCAGCGCAAGUCGCACCAGACAAAACAAGGAAACCUAUUUGGGAAUGAGAUGAUCACACUAUGAGAAGUUCAGAAAGUUAUGCCGGAGUAAACACGGUAAUUCGGAUCGCGGCCAACAAUUGAACGUUGAUGAAUAAAAUACUACUCUUUAACGAAACCGGAUUGUAGCGGUGCAGAAUGUGCAAAAAAAAGAAAAACUGAAGUGGAAAAAGGAAAGAAAACCGGGAAGGUGGAAAAUUUUCCCAAAAAACACACUUGUGUGCUUGCUUUUGAUGUCAAAUGGUUCAUACUGUCACAACGCUGUUUCGAUAAAAUUUGCUCAACAUAUUAAAUUAAAUUAAAAGCAAUUCACAUUUGCCCCUUAUAUUAUUUUGGAGUGCGUUCCCACUUCACUGCCCCGUUUGAAAGGAAACAAUAAUCUAUCCGCAAUUUCGCUUGCCCCAAUCUAUUUAAAUGAGGAUAUGUUUUAGUUCUAAAAUUGCUUACAGGAUAAAGCUUACGUUAGUCCUUGACUUCAGCAUAUGAUCAAACAGACAAAGAAACUAAGCAAAAGCAAACCUUGAACGACCAAGACAACUGCUUAUAUAACAUGCGAAUGGUGUACAGAAACAAUACCCAACGGAUUAAUUGAAAAUUAAAAUAAAUUAUUUUUAUAUUAAAGUUU